CUGAGGCGGAGAGCGGAGAGUGCAGAGCUUUGCUGUUUGCUGUUGAAUUCCUUUAACUCCACUUCUGUUACGGGUGUUGUGCGUCUAUUCAAAGUAAGUGUAUUAUAUCUGACCUUUGUAGCGUUCGCAGAUUUGCUGCAAUUAUCUUGCGGGUUGAACUGCUUUAACAUAUGUGCUCAAUGCUAAUAUACUCUCUUGUUUUUAGCUCGAUGCUACGCUGUAAACACUUGUGUAAUGCGUUACUCACGGGUUAUCUGGGCACCUUUCAUUUGUGUCUCCAUCUCAUUCAUUCACUAAGUGCUUGUUUCAGAGAUCUGCCCCUCCUCCACCAGUGAAGCCCCUCCUCCUCCAGUGAAGCUCCUCCUCCUCCAGUUCAGCUAUAAACACUGGAAUAUUCCCAUCAGGCUCCAGUGAAGAGUCUAUUGAAGGACAGCGAGAACAUGAGUGAUCCAGAACCCUGCAGAAUUAAACAUGAAGACACUGAACAACAAAUAGACCUCAUUGAAGAGAAUGAGGAGAUUAAAGAGGAGGAACAUCAUGUCAAAGUUGAGGAAAAUCCUUUACAGACUGAUGGUAUUUCGAAAAAGAAAAACAAGAAUUGUUUUACCUGCACUCAGUGUGGACAGUGUUGUGAAGGAAAAGCCAAUCUUAAGAUUCACAUGAGGAUCCACACCGGAGAGAAACCAUACACAUGCACUCAGUGUGGGAAGAGUUUCAGCCAAUCAUCAUCCCUUAAUAAACACAUAAAGAUCCACACUGGAGAGAAACCAUUCACAUGCACUCAGUGUGGGAAGAGUUUCGGCCAAUCAUCAAACCUUAGUAAACACAUGCUGAUCCACACUGGAGAGAAACCAUUCACGUGCACUCAGUGCGGGAAGAGCUUUAGCCAAUCAUCAAACCUUAAUCUACACAUGAUGAUCCACACUGGAGAGAGACCAUUCACCUGCACUCAGUGCGGGAAGAGCUUUAGCCAAUCAUCAAACCUUAAUCUACAUAUGCUGAUCCACACUGGAGAGAAACUUUUCACAUGCACUCAGUGUGGGAAGAGUUUCAACCACUCAUCAUCCCUUAAUAAACACAUGAUGAUCCACACUGGAGAGAAACCAUUCACGUGCACCCAGUGCGGGAAGAGCUUUAGCCAGUUAUCAAACCUUAAUCAACACAUGAAGAUCCACACUGGAGUAAGAGAGCAUAUGUGCUUUGAGUGUGAGAAGACUUUUAUUACAGCUAGGGAAUUGAAUCGGCACCAGAGGAUUCACACUGCUGCUCGCGUGUACCGCCAACCAAACCAGGUCGGACUCCUUCACCUUGACAGCAUCCCUUCUGGUGUCCACCACAGGGUUAGAGUGCCGCAGAGAACUGGUCAUAGUUCUUCUGAUGACCUAAUUGAAGAGUAUGAGAAGAUUAAAGAGGAGGAACAUCAUGUCAAAAUUGAGGAAAAUCAUUUACAGACUGAUGGUGAUUUGAAAAGGAGAGACAAGAAUUGUUUUACCUGCUCUCAGUGUGGAAAGAGCUUUGGAAGAUCAAACAAUCUAAAGUGUCACAUGAGGGUCCACACUGGAGAGAAACCGUUCACAUGUACCCAGUGUGGGACGAGUUUCAGCCGGUUGUCACACCUUAAUCAACACAUGAGGAUCCACACUGGAGAGAAACCAUUCACAUGCACUCAGUGUGAGAAGAGUUUCAGCCAAUCAUCACACCUUAAUACCCACAUGUUGAUCCAUACUGGAGAGAAACCACUCGCAUGCACCCAGUGUGGGAGGAGUUUCAGCCACCAAUCAACCCUUAAUCUACACAUGAGGAGCCACACUGGAGAGAAACCAUUCACUUGCACUCAGUGUGAGAAGAGUUUCAGCCACUCAACAACCCUUAAUAAACACAUGCUGAUCCACACUGGAGAGAAACCAUUCACAUGCACUCUGUGUGAGAAGAGUUUCAGCCAAUCGUCAUCCCUUAAACUACACAUGAUGACCCACACUGGAGAGAGACCAUUCGGAUGCACUCAGUGUGAGAAGCGUUUCGGCCAAGCAUCAUCCCUUAAACUUCACAUGAUGACCCACACUGGAGAGAGACCAUUCGGAUGCACUCAUUGUGGGAAGAGCUUCAGCCACCCAUCAACCCUUAAUAAACACAUGAGGAUCCACACUGGAGACAAAUAUGUUGAUGUAUCUCCAACUGAAACUCUGUUCCAUGAGAAGACCAACUCGCAGCCUCAGCAGGGAACCCCAGACCCCCAAGACCAAAUUGAAGAGAAAAAAGAGAUUAAAGAGGAGGAACAUCAUGUCAAAAUUGAGGACAAAACUAAUUUACAGACUGAUGGUAUUAAGAAAAAGAAAAAACAUUUCAUCUGCACUCAGUGUGGAAAGAGUUUCAGCCAAUCAUCAGACCUUAAUGAUCACAUGAAGAUCCACACUGGAGAGAAACCAUUCACAUGCACCCAGUGUGGGAAGAGUUUCAGUCAAUUAUCACACCUUAAUAAACACAUGCUGAGCCACACUGGAGAGAAACCGUACACAUGUACUCAGUGUGGGAAGAGUUGGGAAGAAAAAACCAGUCUUGAAAUUCACAUGAGGAUCCACACUGGAGAGAAACCAUUCUCAUGCACUCAGUGUGGGAAGAGUUUCAGCCAGUCAUCACACCUUAAUACCCACAUGAGGAUCCACACUGGAGAGAAACCAUACACAUGCACUCAGUGUGGGAAGAGUUUCAGUCAAUUAUCACACCUUAAUAAACACAUGCUGAGCCACACUGGAGAGAAACCGUACACAUGCACUCGGUGUGGGAAGAGUUUGAGCAGCUCAUCAAACCUUAAUGUACACAUGAGGAUCCACACUGGAGAGAGACCGUUCACUUGCACUCAGUGUGGAAGGAGUUUCAGCCAAUUAUCACACCUUAAUGAUCACAUGAAGAUCCACACUGGAGAGAAACCAUACACAUGUACUCAGUGUGGAAAGAGUUUCAGCCAGUUAUCUCACCUUAAUAGACACAUGAUUUGCCACACUGGAGAGAGACCACUCACUCAGAAGAGUUUGAGCAGCUCAUCAAACCUUAACACAUAUGUUGAUGUAUCUCCAACUGAAACUCUGUUCCAUGAGAAGACCAACUCGCAGCCUCAGCAGGGAACCCCAGACCCCCAAGGGACUGGACAGCCCUUAACAGAGUGCCCCGUAGAGAAUCUCAAAAGAGACACGGUUGAAUGCCUUCUCCAAGUCCACAAACUGUGGAACAAAAGUCAGACAGAACACCAUUCGGAUCAGAUCAUUGAGGCCAUUUCUACCAGUCACACCUCUCCAGGUAUCACUACCAUUACCUACAUGGGCAUUAAAUUCCCUUCCAGCACCCCUCCCAAGGACUCCAAGAAGGCCGGGCACUCUGCACUGGUGUUUUCCCUGUUGUUGUGGUCCUUGCCUUUGACCACCACCUAUUACACAUUGCAUUGGCUCCUUAUGGCAGUGACCCCUCAGGAAGAUGCUCCCAUGUCACUCCUGCAGGCUGAGCCCAGCUGGGUUUUGUGGGAUAAACCUGGCCACGAUACGCUUGCAUAUGAGUCCAAACCCCAGGCCUGGCUCCAGGGUGAGACCCUGACUGACAGCGAGAACAUGAGUGAUCCAGAACCCUGCAGAAUUAAACAUGAAGACACUGAACAACAAAUAGACCUAAUUGAAGAGAAUAAGAAUAUUAAAGAGGAGAAACAUCAUGUCAAAAUUGAGGAACAAGCUAAUUUACAGACUGAUGGUACCAAGAUAAAGAAAAAGAAAAACAAGAAUUGUUUCAUCUGCACUCAGUGUGGACAGUGUUGUGAAGGAAAAGCCAACCUUCUGAUUCACAUGAGGAUCCACACUGGAGAGAAACCAUUCACAUGCACUCAGUGUGGGAAGAGCUUCAGCCGAAUAGCACACCUUAAUCAACACAUGAGGAUCCACACUGGAGAGAAACCGUUCACAUGCACUCAGUGUGAGAAGAGUUUCAGCAGCUCAUCGAACCUUAAUAUACACAUGAUGAUCCACACUGGAGAGAGACCGUUCAUAUGCACUCAGUGUGGGAAGAGUUUCACCCACUUAUCAAACCUUAAUCAACACAUGAGGAUCCACACUGGAGAGAAACCAUUCACCUGCACUCAGUGCGGGAAGGGUUUCAUACAGUCAUCAAACCUUAAUCAACACAUGAUGAUCCACACUGGAGAGAGACCAUUCAUGUGCACUCAGUGUGGGAAGGGUUUCAGGCAAUCAUCACACUUUAAUCUACACAUGAAGAGCCACACUGGUGUGAGAGAGUUCAUGUGCUUGGAGUGCGAGAACACUUUUACUACGGCUGGAGAAUUGAAACUGCACCAGAGUAUUCACACUGGAGAGAAACCUUAGGCAUGAUCAGUGUCUACAGAGUUUCACUCACUCGGCACAGCUUACAGGAACAAGUGGAUAUAAAGCUGCACACAUGACAUAAAUACAGCAAACAUUUGCUCGUGUGCAAAAGAAGUUUCAUGUCUGAAGAAUAUUUGAAAAGGCUGAGUGACGGUAUACUGCUUUCCAACACUACACUGCAGUGGGUGGGGUUGUAAAUGCUCCUCGCAUUCACAACUAAACACUGAUAACGGCUGAGAGAAGAACAGUUUCAUAAACAUCUGGUAAACAGCACCUCUGCGGCAUGUCACAUCUUUACAGUGUUUUCUAUUUGCUGUGGACAGACACUGAAUGAUGCAGAUUUGUGCAAACUUAUAGAAAAGAUGUGGUGUGAUGAGGUGGGCUUCUGGUCUGGUGUGUGCCCUCCUUUGAGCCUUAGAAUCUCUCUGCGAGUGAUCGUACAGGUGCGGAUACAUCUGUACAGCUCUGCUGCUCCACUCUCCAGUGUAUUCAUGUGGCUAGUGUUGUUGUUUUGGAUGAUGUUCUCUGUCUGACCCCCUGAAUGGGAAACAAAUCAAUGUAAGGCAGAGCUCCAGAAGACGCCCACUGAUUGCAUAAUUGACAAAGGUAGCUCAGUGGUGUUUAGGAGCCAAAACCUAAGAACAUAGUUUCAGCAGAAGUUUGUUCAAUAUUACAUUAUCUCAGUUUAUUCUUCAGUUUGGUUUGCAGUAUACCAAGGCCUUAAGUUUGGAAAGCCUAUUAAUUUGUCUUGUGUAUUUGCUUCUUCUAUUAAUAAAGUUUCUUUACUUUUAAGUUCAA